AUGGACGUCACCCGCGAAAACUUCAGAGGAGCACUGCGCGAGCUUUCCGCAGCGGUCACGACCUGCGACUUUGUCGCGAUUGACAUGGAGAUGACAGGCCUGUACCCAGACAGCCAAAGCAAGCCGUUCCGUAUGGACACCAAGGAUGAGCGCUACCAGAAGCUAAAGAAGAGCGUCGAGAUGUUCGGCGUGGUCCAGGUAGGAAUCUGCCUGUUUACGUGGAUCGACUGCGCAUCAGAGGACAGCGAUGGCGGCAGCCAGGGGAGCGGUGGGUACUACGAAGCACGGCCGUUCAACUUCAAUGUGUUCCCGUGCACCAACGUCAGCGGGAUUCCAGUGAGUACACACUUCAGCUGCCAGAACACGGCGUUCGAGUUUCUGGCCAAAAACUCGUUUGAUUUCAACAAGUGGGUGCAUCAAGGCAUCAUGUACCUGCGCGGCGACGAUAUUGCGCGCGUGCGCAAGGAGAAGCUGGACCAGAUCAACAACAAGCAGACCAUGACGAUCAUCGAUGAGCAGGGCCAGCAGUUUAUGGCCGAAAGCGGCUGGAUAUACGGGGCAGUGGGGCAACACGAUAACCUGAGCACGCGCAGCAACCACCGUUCAAUUGAGAUCAGCAAGGUGACGAAGAAGGACAUGGCGCGUAUGCAGGGCCGCCAGAUCGAGGCGCUGAACCGCCGCAUCAGCAGCGCCCGGGGAUUCUGCGAGAUCAUCGACAAGCUGUCGGCGGCGCGCAAGCCGGUUAUUGGCCACAACAUGCCGCUGGAUAUCCUGCACAUGUUCUCAAAGUUCCACAAGCAGCUGCCUGACACGCGCGCCGAGUUUGAGAAAGAGCUGGGCAAGUUCAUGCCAGUGCUCAUUGACACAAAGUACAUAAUCGAGUCGACGCCAGCCAUCAAAGCCAAGUAUGAGACAUCGAAUCUUGACGAGAUUGCGCCAAAGCUGGAAAGAGAGUCCAGGUCGCAGGGCCUGAUUCGUAACCACCCGCGGUUCACGCGUGACAUGUCGGGCAGCCUGCAUGAGGCUGGAUGUGAUGCGUAUUUGACCGGGUCGACUUUCAUCCGCCUGCUCAAGCCUGAGGGCAGCCUGAACUUGCCUACAGGAAGGGACAGCGUGACGCACACCAGCGAACUGGUCAUGUACCACUACAUCAACAAGCUGGUGACUCCGCCGCCGACCUCUGCCGCUGUGCACAGUAGCAAAAAGCGCCCUAUUGCUAAUGACUCGUCAUCAGGCAAUGUGGACAACGACGGCGAUAGCGACGCCGGCGAUCGCAGCAGCCCCGAACUGGCGGUGCGCUGA